ACGAGGUCUUUUCCAUGCUAGCGUCUCACACGGCUACGGUUUUGUGAGUUGGGGGGAUGGGGCCGUGCCGAGGAUGAUCGACUCCAAGUAUUUAACAAAUAGAACGAUUUCCGAACGUGGAUUCCACAAUUUUUUAUACCGAACCAAUUUUCGAUCACGCAUGAAUUUCGGCUGGAAUUGGUUGAUGUAAAGUGGAGCAUUUUUACGACCACGACACAGGUUCUAAAAGUCGACAAAAUGUAUCCCACUGCCGGAGCUACAGAGAUGUUUGAGGGACCCCGUUCUUCUGGGUCAGCCAGUUCUGAUCCGCCAUCUUCCCCAGUGCCAGAGUAUGUGUUCAAGCCACCCUCAAGGCCAGAUUUUGGCACCAUGGGCAGGACAAUCAAACUCCAGGCCAAUUUCUUCGAGAUGGAAAUCCCUAAACUGGAAGUGUACCAUUAUGACAUUGACAUCAAGCCAGAAAAAUGUCCCAGGAGGGUCAACCGUGAAAUUGUGGAGCACAUGGUCCAGCACUUUAAAACCCAGAUUUUUGGGGAUCGAAAGCCAGUGUAUGACGGCAGGAAGAACCUGUACACAGCCAUGCCUUUGCCAAUCGGCAGAGAUAAAGUGGAGCUUGAAGUGACCAUUCCAGGAGAAGGAAAGGACCGUAGCUUCAAAGUGUCCAUUAAGUGGGUUUCCUGCGUCAGCCUGCAAGCUUUGCACGAGGCGCUGUCGGGUCGGUUACCCAGUGUCCCAUUUGAGACCAUUCAAGCUCUAGAUGUGGUCAUGAGACAUUUGCCCUCUAUGAGGUAUACUCCAGUGGGUCGUUCUUUCUUCACUCCCUCAGAGGGUUGUUCAAACCCACUGGGUGGUGGCAGAGAGGUGUGGUUUGGCUUCCACCAAUCUGUCAGGCCUUCCCUUUGGAAAAUGAUGCUGAAUAUUGAUGUUUCGGCCACCGCGUUUUAUAAAGCUCAGCCUGUCAUUGAGUUCAUGUGCGAGGUCUUGGAUUUCAAAAGCAUUGAAGAACAACAGAAGCCCUUAACAGACUCUCAAAGAGUUAAAUUUACCAAAGAAAUUAAAGGUACCCUGUCCACCCCCCACCCCCAUUUUUGCACAAAAAAAAAUUCUAAACGUGUCAAUCUUGCAGGCCUGAAAGUAGAAAUCACACAUUGUGGGCAGAUGAAGAGGAAAUACAGAGUGUGCAAUGUGACUAGAAGACCAGCCAGCCAUCAAACGUUCCCCCUGCAACAGGAAAACGGCCAAACAAUUGAAUGCACCGUGGCGCAGUACUUCAAAGAUAAGUACAAACUAAUGCUGCGAUACCCGCACCUGCCAUGUCUACAGGUGGGCCAGGAGCAAAAGCACACCUAUCUACCUCUAGAGGUGUGUAACAUAGUUGCUGGACAGCGCUGUAUCAAAAAACUGACAGACAAUCAGACCUCAACCAUGAUCCGAGCCACGGCUAGAUCGGCACCAGACCGUCAGGAUGAAAUUAGUAAACUGAUGAGAAGCGCCAACUUCAACACCGACCCAUACGUUCGUGAAUUCGGAGUGAUGGUGAGGGACGAGAUGACUGAAGUGAACGGCCGUGUCCUGCAAGCACCCUCCAUUCUGUAUGGAGGCAGGGUAUGUCCAUCAGCAGUUAACAAGGCGAUCGCCACGCCAAUCCAGGGUGUUUGGGACAUGAGGAACAAGCAGUUCCACACCGGUAUUGAAAUCAAAGUGUGGGCUAUUGCGUGCUUUGCGCCGCAGAGACAGUGCACUGAACUUUUGCUCAAAGCAUUCACGGAUCAGCUCAGGAAGAUCUCCCGAGAUGCAGGCAUGCCCAUUCAGGGUCAGCCCUGCUUCUGCAAGUACGCCCAGGGCGCGGACAGCGUGGAGCCCAUGUUCAGACACCUCAAGUACACAUUCCAAGGUCUACAGCUAGUUGUCGUCAUCCUACCAGGGAAGACUCCAGUCUACGCUGAAGUGAAGCGCGUCGGAGAUACAGUCCUCGGCAUGGCCACGCAGUGCGUGCAGGUGAAGAACGUGCAGAAGACAACACCGCAGACCCUCUCCAACCUCUGUCUGAAGAUUAAUGUCAAGCUGGGUGGCGUCAACAACAUCCUGCUUCCUCAGGGACGGCCGUUGGUGUUUCAGCAGCCCGUCAUCUUUCUUGGUGCUGAUGUAACUCAUCCUCCUGCAGGAGAUGGAAAGAAGCCCUCUAUUGCAGCUGUUGUAGGUAGCAUGGACGCCCACCCCAGCCGAUACUGCGCCACCGUUCGGGUCCAGCAGCACCGUCAGGACAUCAUCCAGGACCUUGCCACCAUGGUGAGAGAGCUACUCAUUCAGUUCUACAAGUCCACCCGAUUCAAGCCCACCAGAAUCAUCUACUACCGGGAUGGGAUCUCUGAAGGCCAGUUCAAUCAGGUUCUUCAGCACGAACUCCUAGCAAUCCGCGAGGCCUGCAUUAAACUGGAGAAGGAUUACCAGCCUGGUAUCACUUUUGUGGUGGUCCAGAAGAGGCACCACACCAGGCUGUUCUGUACAGAAAGGAAUGAGAGGGUUGGGAAGAGCGGCAACAUUCCCGCAGGCACGACAGUGGACACAAAAAUCACUCACCCAUCUGAAUUCGAUUUCUACCUUUGCAGUCACGCUGGCAUUCAGGGUACCAGCCGACCGUCUCACUACCACGUGCUCUGGGACGACAAUCACUUCUCCUCCGACGAGCUGCAGGUGCUCACCUACCAGCUGUGCCACACGUACGUGCGAUGCACCCGCUCCGUUUCCAUCCCGGCGCCGGCCUACUACGCCCACUUGGUAGCAUUCCGCGCUCGCUAUCACUUGGUGGACAAAGAGCACGACAGCGCUGAGGGGAGCCACACAUCAGGUCAAAGCAACGGACGGGACCAACAAGCCUUGGCUAAAGCUGUUCAAAUCCACCAGGACACCCUGCGCACAAUGUACUUCGCCUGAGACUGCACCCGCCCGUACAUUCUUGGUAUAUAUUUGUAUAUCUUGUGAGAGUAUGAAAGGAGUAUUGUUAUUCAAUUUGGUGCUUUAUGAAUUUUAAGCACCUAACCUCCCUGUUUUUGUUUUUGUUUUUUUUUAAAUCCUGUUUUAAGACACUUUUAUUUCUUCCUCGGACGCACAUUGAACAGCCAAUCACAGCCAAGUGCACUGUCAGAAUGGGUACUUUAAUCAGGGCCAAAGUACUUAAACUUUCACAUUAGGCACUAUGAAAAUGAGUGCCAUUUAGAGACAACCUGAAUAUUUUAAUUUUCAAUUUUUGUCCACAAAUAUGCCAAAUCUUGGACAAUUCACAAGCAGCUUAGAAUAUUCUAGGGCUCAUGAUAUUUUCAUACAUCGAACAUAGUUUUCUGUUUUUAAUUUAACCCAGAUUGGGACCGGUUCCCAUUAAACCUUUUUUUUCUUAAUGUACUCUGAGCCGUGUUUAUAAGAUGCACGAUGUACAAAUCAAUACAGGGAGCAAAAACGCGUUUUUGUUCUUUCUAGAAUGUUUUUAAUUCCAGUCCCACUUUUAAUGAUUAUUCAUGUAGCCAAUUCCUGUUUUUAGAAACGUAGACAUGUGGUGUUUCCUUUCUUAAUACACUUUAACCAGUACUCUAUUUUGGUUGUAUAAAUAUAAUGUACUAUAUAUACAGUACGGCAUUUGAAAGAUCGAAUUCCUUCAAAAAUGAACGUCGUUUUUAUGCAAAUGACUCUCCAGAGUCUUUUUAUCCUGUUGAAAAUGAGCUAUAUUUUGAAUAAAUCUUCAGUGGAGACUGCCGAAACAAAUGUUUAUAGAAAAAGAAAUAUGAAACUGGCCCACAUGUCAUUUAAACUAACACUAUUUGUGUAAAGAGUCCAAUGCAAAUAUAUUCUCUUGCCUUUCAAGACUGUUAACAGUCUCAAGUCAUUCGACAGACAUUUUUUUUUGUAUCAAGUUUAAGCUCGCGAAUGUUCCUAGUCUUGAAGGGAGUGGAUGUAGGCCCAACUUUGAUCUAUGCAUUGUUUUUAACCAAGAGAUUUAGCAGAGGUAUGUUUCACCUCAGUCUGGUGUUUUUUUUUUUAAAUUUUUUAUUUUUUAGAUUUAGAUCGCGCUUUUUGUAGGUUUUAAUGGCAUUGACCGUAGUACAUGUCAAAUCCAUUUGAACUGGGAGGGGAUAAGGCGAAAUGGGCUAGCUCGCGAGCUAGCGCGAAAUGGGCUAGCAAAGGCGAAAUGGGUUAGCUCGCGGGCUAGCGCGAAAUGGGCUAGCUCGCGGGCUAGAGCGAAAUGGGCUAGCUUAGGCGAAAUGGGCUAGCUCGAGAGCUAGCGCAAAAUGGGCUAGCUAAUGCAAAAUGUGCUAGCUCGUGGGCUAGUGCGAAAUGGGCUAGCUAACCCGAAAUGUGCUAACUCGCGGGCUAGUUUGAAAUGGCCUAGCUAUCGCGAAAUGUGCUAGCUCGUGGGCUAGUGCAAAAUGGGCUAGCUAAUGCGAAAUGUGUUAGCUCGCGGGCUCAUGCGUAAUGGGCUCACUAACACGAAAUGUGCUAGCUCGCGGGCUAGUGCGAAAUGGGCUAGCCAACGCGAAAUGUGCUAGCUCGCGGGCUGGUGCGAAAUGGGCUAGCCAACGCGAAAUGUGCUAGCUCGCGGGCGAGUGCUAAAUGGGCUAGCUAACGCAAAAUGGGCUAGCUCGUAAGCUAACGCAAAAUGGGCUAGCUUGUAAGCUUACGCGAAAUGAGUAGCUGGUGAGCUAGCACAUUUGGCAUUAGCUAGCCCAUUUUGCGCUAGAUCGCGAUCUAACGCGAGAUGGGCAAGCCUGCGAAAUGGGCUACAUAACUAUAUUUACCUUAGCUAGCCCAUUUUGCGCCAGCUCGCGAGCUAGCACAUUUCGCGUUAGAUAGCCCAUUACGCGUUAGCUCGCGAUCUAUCACCCAUAUUGGCAUUGACCAUAGUAGACGUCAAAUCCAUUUGAACUGGGAGGGGCUAACGUGAAAUGGGCUGGCUCGCAUGCUAGCGCGAAAUGGGCUAGCUAACGCUAAAUAUGUUAGCUCUUGAACUAACGCGAAAUGGGCUAGUUGACGCGAAAUGUGCUAGCUCGCGAGCUAACUCAUUUCAAUGGCAGCCAUUUUAAUCAUGUGGCUUUGGAUCAAGUCGCUCUUUUGUGUGGGCCUUUUAUAAGCUUUUUCCAAUUUAUUAUUAGUUUGACAAUUGGGCCUGCUCUCAGCCAAAUAAGAUUAACAUUCAAAAGACACAAAAGCACAAAAAGGAGUUUUCACUGUAAACCACCUCACUGGACACAAAGGUUUUUUUUUUUUUUUUUUUUUAACUCGAGUCGUGUGGUUGAAAAAAAAAAGAAAAAAAAACAACUAAUGAACUUUUA